AUGGUGAGCGAUAAGCAUGUAGAAUCAAACCACCGCAAACAUCGUCGGUCGUCUUCGUCUUCCGACGAAGUCAUUCAAUCUUCCAAGCGGCACAAUCACCGUCAUGAUCACAAGCAUCGGCACAGUCAUCAUCGUGAUGAGGAUGUUCAAUACGGCGAUGAAGAGCAUGUUUCUACGGAUUUUGAGGAUCAUACAAUAGUUGGUAACGGUGGUGAACUUGAUAUUCAGGAAGGGGAGAUUUCUAAGAAGAGGUUAGAGAGGGGAUUGGGAAGCAAUGAUAGAGAUAUCAGAAGGGAGAGGGAUAGAGACAACGACCGAGGUAUCAUGGCAGAGAGAUAUAGAGACAAAGACAGAGGUAGGAGUAGGAGUAGAGAUAAAUGCAGGCAUACUAGUAGGGAGACAGGGAGGGAGAAUGAAAGAGAGAGUCGGAGGGAAAAAUAUAGGGAUAGAGGAAGGAUAGAAUUGGAGAGUGAUCGGGACAAGCUUAAAAUUCUCGAUGAUGGCUAUAAAGAAGUGCGGAAGAAGCAACCAAGACAUGAUGCAAAAUUUGACUUAGAGAUAAGAAUCUCAAGACAUGAUCAUGCUGAAGAUGACUUAAAGAUAAGAAGCUUUGAUUCUGUAAAGGAUCAUAAUCCUAGCGAUGGUAAUAUCGAAGAAACUCGGGAAAACGUUGAAAGGUCCAAAACUGAUGUCGAUGUUGACGAUAACGGUGAAAAUCUUGUUUGGGGCUUUGAUCAAGAAGCUGAAGACCUGAAAAUAAUCGAGAAAAGUAGGAGGAAAACGCAAUCCGUAUUGGAGAAACGUAAGAAAAAGUUGGAGGAGGAGCCCUCUACUGUGGCAGAUGUUCUUGGAAGUGCUACUCUAGGUCCUGUUUCUUCUGCAGCUAGGACGGGUAUUGAUGCUGUAGAUGGUGAAGUCGCCAAGCUAUCAUCGGCAGUUAAGGAGGAACCACGUGCACGGCUUGUGAUUUCAGACUUAGAUAAGACAUUAGCUUCCGUAGGGUUUGAGGGAGGCAGCCCAAAGAGUGACAUGUUCAGUGAUGAUAUCUUUGGGGAGUCUCCAGCUCCUGGUACACGGAAAGGUAAUGGCCUUCAUCCUUUUGUAAGGAGUGGACUCCAUGAUAAUUGGGAUGAUGCAGAAGGUUAUUACAGUUAUCAACUUGGUGAACUUCUUGAUGGUAGAUAUGAAAUCAUGGCUACUCAUGGAAAAGGUGUCUUCUCUACCGUGGUGCGGGCAAAAGACACAAAGGCUGCAGAAUCUGGACCUGAGGAAGUGGCUAUAAAAGUUAUAAGGAACAAUGAGACAAUGCAUAAGGCCGGAAAGGCUGAGAUUCGCAUAUUGAACAAGCUAGCUGGCUCUGACCCAGAGAAUAAGCACCACUGUGUCCGUCUUCUUUCAUCUUUUAAGUAUAGGAACCACCUUUGCUUGGUGUUUGAGUCUCUUCAUCUGAACCUCCGUGAAAUUGUGAAGAAGAGUGGUGUCAACGUUGGUCUACAACUAUCUGAUAUCAGAGUGUACGCUAAGCAGCUAUUCACAUCCCUUAAACAUCUCAAGAACUGUGGGGUUCUUCACUGCGAUAUAAAGCCUGCCAACAUACUGGUGAAUGAGGGAAGGAACAUGUUAAAGCUUUGUGACUUUGGUAGUGCAAUGUUUGCUGGUGAAAACCAGGUUACACCAUAUCUUGCUAGUCGCUUCUACAGAGCUCCAGAAAUCAUUCUUGGACUAUCCUACGACCAUCCAUUAGAUAUGUGGUCAGUUGGUUGCUGUCUGUAUGAGCUUUAUAGCGGGAAAAUUAUGUUUCCCGGCUCCACAAACAAUGAUAUGUUACGCCUUCAUAUGGAACUGAAAGGUCCUUUCCCUAAAAAGAUGCUUCGCAAGGGAGCAUUUAUCGAUCAGCACUUUGAUCAGGACUUGUGCUUCUAUGCUACAGAGGAGGAUAGUGUUACUGGAAAGACAAUAAGGAGAAUGAUGGUGAACAUAAAGCCAAAUGAUUUGGGUUCAGUAAUUAAACGACGUUAUAAGGAUGAAGAUCCCAAGGUGUCAGUUCAUUUCAGGAAUCUUCUGGACAAGAUUUUCACGCUUGAUCCUCAAAAGAGACUUACAGUGUCGCAGGCAUUAGCUCACCCAUUCAUCACGGGCAAGUGA